GUCGGUGCUUACUUGGCGUUCAUGUGGGACACUGAGGAGAAACAGGCUGAUUUGUGGUGCUGAGCUCGGUCGAAGCUCGCGGAGGGUUUUGGGGAGAAUGGAGAUCAAAGCGGUGCGGCUCGCUUUUAUCUUCCUCACCGCCGCAGUGACUGCGCAGCUGCAGCAGCAGGAGGAAGAUGAGGAUGGAGGAGGAUGGUUCUCGGCCUCAGACGUCAGGUCUCAGGAUGAAGGUCGGUGUAACAUCGACGUGCUGGACGGCUCCUCGCUCUCGUACCAGCAGUUCAUGGAGAGGUACGCGUACAGCAGGCCGGUCAUCCUCAGAGGCCUCACUGACAACACCAAAUUCAGGCUUCUGUGCUCCAAGUCGAGCUUACUGAGAGAGUACGGCGCCCACAGAGUGAGGCUCAGCACGGCCAACACCUACUCCUACAGGAAAGUGGACGUUCCCUUCCAGGAGUACGUGGACGAGUUUCUGAGGCCUCAGUCUGCGGACGCCCUCGGCAGCGACACUCUGUAUUUUUUCGGGGACAAUAACUUCACCGAGUGGCAGAGUCUCUUCGAGCACUACGAGUCUCCGCCGUACGUCCUGCCGCUCACCAGCGGAGCGUACAGCUUUGGCAUCGCAGGUCCUGGAACAGGAGUCCCCUUCCACUGGCACGGCCCGGGAUUCUCCGAGGUCAUCUAUGGAAGGAAGCGGUGGUUCCUCUACCCUCCCGAUCAGGAGCCUCACUUCCACCCGAACCGCACCACCCUGUCCUGGGUCACAGAAACGUACCCCUACCUGCCGGAGGACGAGGCCCCGCUGGAGUGCACCAUCCGACCCGGAGAGGUGCUGUAUUUCCCCGACCGCUGGUGGCACGCCACUCUAAACCUGGACACAAGCGUCUUCAUCUCCACCUUCCUGGGCUGAGCUGUCAGGACGUCUUUAUUUCCUGGCACAUUUUAAGAAAAUUGACUCACGGAGGGAUUCAACCACAAAUAACAGAUUUGUGUAAUUUUAGGAUAUCUGGAGUGAUGCAGGUUUAAUUCUACAGACAGCUCGGGAUCACAAUCACAGAUUACUCAUUUGUUUUAGCAGGUUGUUGUAAUGUUGAUCACCACGCUGUGUUUCUGCACCCUGGAAGCUGAACUCAGCUCUGAUCAGGGUCCGUGUGCUGCAACAGAUUUUACUUGAAAUCGAAUGCAAACAUCUUUUCAUUUUUUGAUGAGAUUUGAUUUUCUGUCAUGUUAACUUUUUUACAACGACCCUGAGGGGUCAUGGAGAAGCAAUAAAGUAUUUAAAAUCCUGGGAAUCAAACCGAGGAACUAAACUGGAUUUUUUAAAAAAUGUUUUUAUUAUGAACAUCUGAACAAACUUGUAACAUGACUCAAACACUGAGCCCUCCGACUCUCCGGCUGCCUCUAACAGUCAGGGAAGGACUCGGGGGGGAAAAAUUUCUUCCAAAAUGCAAAAAGCAUGUGACAGCUGUGAAAUCUCCACACAUCUGGAGCCAAAAAGCCAACAUGGAUGCAGCCAAAACGCUAAUACCGAGGCCCCAAUGUGGGCGGAGUCAGUAGUCAUUUCCAUCUUUUAUAUACAGUUUAACAAUCUGAGGCAAUCGUUUUCAAUGUGUCCAUUUAUUUUAUUCAUGCAAAACCUUUAAUAUGUUUGGCCCCUGCAGGCCUCCGUAGGUGUCUGCUACUCAUUGGAAAGAAAAGAGCUGGGGUUGAAUAUGUGAGUGUUUCU